AUGUACACCACCAACUUUCUAACCACCUUGACCACCCUCAUCCUCCUCGCCUCAGCACCAACAAACGCUCGAGUCAUCCCACCCCUACCGCCUCACAUCUUCCGCCGCAACACACCAGCACAAUCGCCAGCCCCAUCACUGAACGAUAAAUGCACAUUCACCCUCUUCCACAAACAACUCCUCACAACACCAUCCUCCCGUGACCGAACAAACUACAUCCAACUAAACGCUCUCACCGACAACACAAACGCCCUCACUAUCGACAUCGCAGCACAGAGAUCCCCCGCGGAACGUAACUCAUACGUCAAAGCCAGCGAGCAAGAUGUUUUCGUCGUAGGAGGGUUGUUGGAUAAUGCUAGUUUGAGUAUCACUGGGAGAGAGGGGAGUGAUGUUUUGGAGUUGGAGAGUGACGGGCGGAAAUGGUCGACUGUAAGGGCUGCGAAAGAUGUGGAGGGGAUGGUGGCGUGGUGUAACGCUGGGGAGUGGAAUGAGGGAGGGAAUGGUAGUAGGGAACGGAGUGUGGAGUGUGGGUUUCCCUGUGCGAGGAUUGAGGAGGCGGAGGAUGAGGAGGAGAGGGAGGAGCUGCGGUAG